ACCCAACAGACGACUCAAAAUUGAACUAGAGAUGAGACGACCUUACCUGGAAGGGGAAAUAUACACUACUAGCGGUGUUCUCCUGAAGGACGAUCAACGGCUUUCGGAAAUCAAGGGAGAAGAGGAAAGUGUCAUUUUGAUUUCAUAUCCUUUUGGUUUUAUUAAUUUUCCCAAUUCGACUGCGGUCUUUUAAGGUUCCCUCCGCCGCCAGAUUACCCGCUGCCCAAACCAAGAAAACCAAAAAAAUUACCACCACAACCAACGAACAACAACUACUUAUCAUGUAGCCGAUCAUCUGUAUCGCCCCCAAUUGUUAUUCUCGAGAGAACUCACGCCCUGGACUACUCUUGCAACCUGUCUGACUGCACAUAAAUACUAACUAGUGGCUGGCUUACUAGUCUGAUAUAUUUUGUUUUUUGUUCUUGUUCUUUAUUUAUACUUGCAGACAACCAACAAAAAGCGACCAGGGUGGUCAUAUUAGAAAGGGGGGACCGUCUUGCAUACCAACAAUUUCCCCCCCCAAGAACCCAAAGACGCGCCCAAAGAGCGUUGAUUUGCCCCAACCACAUUCCACGCUAUCUUUCUCUAGCCUUUCCCACUACUGCAACAACACAAACAGACCAGGGCGGUCGCCCCGUCAAUACGUACCAUGUUCACCACGUCAACUGUCACCACUGCGCCCACCCACCCGGAUUCCGGUCCGAAGACGCCCACGAAAUCGUCAUUAUCGCAGUUGCUAUCUUCUCCCCCUCCGCCUCCACCUCCCGCCGUCGCCGUCUCUCCUCCAGAGAAUCCAUCGCCGCGACGAAUCAAGUCCAAAUCAUCCCUGCGCAGUCUUCGCAGUCUUGGGAGUAGCCUUCACGACGACGAUCUCGACGAUAUUUACGAGCAGGCUGGGUCGGACAAAUCACUCAUUCGACCCUCCAUCCUUCGCCGCUUGUCUCCUGGUCUAGCUGCGCGCGUCAAGCUGUUGGAUGGGAGUCACAAGACCGCGAUUCCUACCCGCAACCCAGGCGCCGUUGGUCGAAUCCCCGAGGAGCACAUCAAGGAAUUAGACAGCCGCAACAAAGACCUUUCGAUCAAGAUUGAAAAGAGAGGGCGGUCGUGGAAUGCUGUACACUUUGGUGGCAAAGGUAAACAACCGCAACAGAUUGAGUCGACCUACCUGGAGGUUCACGACCCGGACACAGAAUUGCCUUCCCCAGUGGAGUUGGAACCGGUAGAACCUGCCGAGGAAAGCUCCACGUCGGUCGCAACCCAAGAACCCGUCGAAGAAACAUUAGUCAAUCAAGCAGUAGACGUCAGCCUAACCCAAGAAGUGGAAGAAGUGGAAGAGCCGGAAGAAGCUCCAGUGGCCAUGGCUGCGGUUGCGUCUCUGCCAGCGCCACUAGACAUCGAAUCGGGUGCUCCCCCUAACACGCAUGGCGAACAUGACCAAACAGAUUUCGAGAAGUUUCUCCAAAGUACUAGUGACAACGAAGCUGAGCAAGCUCCACCGCCUCCUCCAAAAGACUCGCCGCGCCCACCGUCGGCUAAUUCGAACAUACAAUCCUAUUUUAACCCCCGGGGUUUGCAGCGCCCCGAAUCAAUAUACUCCUUCUCUCGCGCAUCCUUCAGUCACCAGCUCACCCAGCUUACCUCCAUCCCACUGCCCCAACCGUCGUCCCUUGAAGCCAGCAUUGCCGCAAUACCCAACGCGCCAUUGGCCGUCAAAUCCCUCACUGGGUCCGCAGCACAAAUUCAGAUAUGGAUCAAAAAGGCCUCCGAUGUGUUAAGUGGUCUAGAUGCGGAGGACGAAGUGGAGUGGGCAGCAGCAGGCGGACGAGAAGGAUUAGACGGGAUCGACAAGGCAAUUACACGGUUCGAAGGUCUGAUGAACAUUUACGUGAAAGCCAUUGAAGAUGUACAGCUCCGAGUCGACAUUGGCGACGUUAGUGCAGACAGUUUGAAGACCAUUGUGAUCCAGAUGGACAGUAUAUUACAGAGCUGGGCGGAUAUCAAGAACCGACUAAGAAAUGUGAAGGAACAAGUGGAAUUGGCUAUGGAAUGGGAGGAGCUCUGGAAUACCAUUUUGGGGGACGUCAGUGCUGAAGUUGAGAGUCUGAGCCGGUUACUCUUCGAGAUCGAAGAGAAGCGACACAUCAAUAUGGCAAAUGCAUGGGCCGCUGAGCAGGAGUCGAAUAGCUCUGGGCUCGAUAUUAGCGAGCUGGAGACGAUCGUCGAGGAAACACCGAAUAACGGACACUUUUCCAACAGUAACCGGCACAGUAUCUUAUUCGAUGCGCCACCGACCCUCGAUACCCCGCUCAUUCAAACCCCACAGGAUGACUCGGAGCAUGCGGACCUCAUCGCUGUAUUUGCCCGAAUACAACCCUUGCGGGCAUCCCUUGCCUUCUUGCCCAUGCGGUUGUCCAUGUUUCAGGGUAGAGCAGAAAGGAUCUUCCCCAGCGCCUGUGCGGAGAUGGAGGAGCGGCGAAAAGGGCUAGAGAAGAGCUAUCGGACCUUGGAGGCAGAUGCGGAAGCUCUGCGGAAGGAGUUCAGUGAGGACCGGUGGGUUCUUGUUUUCCGCAAUGCUGGCAUGCAAGCGAGGAAAAUGUUUCUAUCGGUUGAACGAAGCAUUUCCAAGUUGCAAGAAGCCCUGGAAACAGGUGCUCAUGUGCAUAACCCGGCGGGACUAGCGAAGCGCGUUGAAAGUUACGAGGCCAAGAAGCAGCAUUACGUCCCUGCCAUCGAACGAGUAAUAUCUCUCAUCGAGAAGGGAGUAAAGGAUCAACUGACGGUGAAUGGCGAGACGGUGAAUCUCCUGUCAGACAUGGCGUCGAGGAUGGAUGCGCUGAAAAGGAGCGUGGAGGUGAUGGAUUCAUCGCUUACAGAAUACAACGUGGCGCCGGGCCAGCACUUGCGCGACUCUAUAUCAACGAUUGUCACCAUGGACAGCCCGGCCACUAGCCUUAUCGAUACUCCCGGCAGCUCCCCACCUUCAUCGGUGGUCAUGACCCCUGCUAACAAAGGCUCGGGUGCUUCUUUGGGAAGCUCGAGCAGACGGGGCAGUUCUGUGAGCUCAGUCGCCCGCAGUACCGUGGCCAAGGUUCGGCGAUACUCAGGGAUACCCCAGCCCACGGCAACCCUGACUAGCAAGAAAUCGGCGAUCCCGAAGCCAACGCUGACGGCCCCAUCUCCUAAGCCAAGUGGUCUCUUUACGCCUACUCCAGCUGCAAAGAAGGUGCCACGUCUGCCCCCACCUGUCAAAGACAAUCGCCCACGAUGGAACUCGAGUGUCAACACCAAUGAUCUGGAAGUCGGUCAUGUCUACAAGGCCGGCGCGCAAUUCCGCAAGUCCUCGGCUCCAAGUCGCACUCCCCGUCCCUUGUCAAUGAUGUCCCGCCGAGAUCUUGCUGUAUCUCCCGCUCCGUCAACAGCACGGUCCCCCAGCCGUGUCUCCAGCCGCGUUUCCAGCCGCCUUGCAUCACGCAGCCCUAACCGCACUGGUUCUCCCACGCCCAACCGCUCCCUCCUUGACCCUCCACCCUACAGCAAGCUUCGGCGUCCGCCAGGGGCGGAAGGCAUCAUCAACACUCCCCGAAACCGGCAAAGUUUUGCCGGGAUGUCGUUCAGCCGCAGUAUCUCACACGAUUAUACCCGUAACCUGCUCAGUCCCACCAAGGCUGAGCGCCCGGGGACUGCCUUGGGCCAUGGGGGCAGUCGUCGCAUCAGCUUGCUUCCUUUGCCGCGAAACAAAAGCGGGCGAGAUAGCAGUGCGGGCACUCGUAGUAAGCUGAGUGAACGCCCACCGUGGCGGUAACUGGCUGGAGUCUGUCUCCACCCUCAUCAUGUUUGGAUUCUGUUUUUAUGUACUAUUUCACCUUAUACUAGCAUAUUUAUUGCCCCUGUAUUAUGUGCAUUGCGGUUCGGGUGCUUUGUGGUGUCGCCAUAUACCAUAUCGUUGCGGGUCAGACUGGUUUUCUUGAUUCCCCACUCGCAUUGUGAUUGUGAUUAGCGUUCUUGUAUGGUGCAUGGCAUUGGCUUUAUGAUCUUUUUAUUUUUUUCCUUCCUAUUUGCUGUUUUUUCAUCAUUUACCAGUUAAUUGCAUUUGAUAUAGCCAGCAGAGCCUUGAACUAACUCUUCCAAUAAAUGCUGCAUGUCCAUUUAGAACCCAUGUUAUCUUCUCAUGGAUAGAAAUGCAAUCCUCCCUGUACUCACCAUUAACCCUAUAUCAACCUAGCCUAGCUAAAG